AGCACACGUGUGCACGCACAGCAACUUUGUCGCCUACAAACGCGUGUCUGUCCACCUCCUCGGAGCUGCUGCUGCCAAGAGGUCACACGCAGCCACUGACUGGUCUGGUCUACCCAGGUCCUCCUCCUCCUCCUACUCCUCCUCCAGGUUACCUUAGGUCACUGCUGGUGGUGGUGGUGGUGGUGCAUCGCUUCAACCUAACCUCCUCCGGGCAACAGGAGUCGACGGAUUAUAACAAGAGCGUCCGCCGGAGCCGGUCAAAGGUCCAGAGAAAGAUGAGUGUUCGAGGGUGACCCCUAGGCCAAAAGGAAGCCAGAAGGAUUGUUACAGGGUGACCUGGCGUAUAUAUAUAAAACCUCUUCGGAGGGCGGCAGCCUUGACCCCGGCGCAAGUUGACCUCUUGACUUGGGACGGCCAGAAACACCACGUCCUCCUCCUCCCCCUCCUCUUCUCGUAAUAGUAAACAACUAUCGGGGAAAUAUAUAUACCUGGCCAUCGUCGUGUUCGUCGAGAGUGCGCGCGCGUUUGCGCGUAUGUUUUUGUGGAUUUGCGUGCGUGCGUGCACGUCCCUCUGCCUUCGCAUGUUUGUAUGGUUCGGGCAGCACUAGCAGCGGGCAGCAGCAACCACGAGGUGCCCCACAAGACAAGUAUACAGCAGCAGCGGCAGCAGUAGUCUUGGGUUUCAUUGGAUCACCCAACACGUACACACACACAUAUAUACACACACACACACACACUUGCUCUCUCUCUCACACACAUACACACCCACUAUACUUCUUCCUUAGUCCCCUCCCCCUCAUUGUCCCCCUCCCCCUUCUCCUCCCCCCUUACUUACUCUCUUCAGCAAAACCCACACACACGUGCCAUUGGUGAAUACCCCCUCGAAAGCUUUUCGGGGGAGGGGCACGGCAGACGCCUCAUCCACUCCAGUGCCAGUUGGGAGUGAAUCGAGUGAAGUGCCAGCCAGAGAGGGAGAGAGGGUGAGAGAGAAAGAGUGGAGAUACAGAGAGGGAGAGUGCGGAGAAAGAGAGAGGGAGAGAGAGAUAUAUUUCAGUGUAUAGGUAGUUUUAAUAGACAGAGUUGAAGAGAAAGAGAGGGAGAGAGAAAGAGACGAAGAGGAAGAAGCAAUAGCAUGCAAUAUACCCUCUCAAGAGAAAGAGUUGGGAGAGAGAGAGGAAAGAGAUAGAAAAGUCAGGGAGAAAGAGUCCAAGAGGAAAAAGCAGUAGCACUCUUUAAGACUCCAUCAUCUUCGCAUCCUCCUACUGAUACGGGCUUGCGCGCGCGCAUAGCAUGGUGUCCUUCGUAACCAGAAAGGAAAAAGUAUUAUCAAGAAGUCUAUGGAAAGGAGGAAUAGGCCUAAACGUGUGUAGAUUCAGUGAUUAGUAAGAAAAAUAUUAGAAUAUAUACAUUAUUUUGGAGUUAUUAUUAUUAUUAUAUAGUUGAUUAAUUAUUAUUUAUAUAACAACUCGCCGUGUGUCUUGUUAAUAAUCAUUAUCUACGUUAUUCUUUACAGCUUUUAUACUGUGUGUGAACGUUGGGAAGUAUUAAUAUUACACAAUAAAAUAAAUAUAUAUAUCUACAAAAAAUCCGUGAAACUCCAGGAAAGUUUAAUAAAUAAAUAUAUAUAAUAUAUAUUUUUUAUACUGGAAAACAAGUAAGUGGAAUAAUAAUUAAGUAUUAAUAAAUAUUAAACCCGUAUUACGUAACGAAUUCGUAAGGUAAAAUAUUGAUAUUUUUUAAGGUGGCUUUCGUAACCGCAUUACGUUUGGUCUAUUCGCCCCCCACCCACCCCGCCCCUACAAGUGGUAACUCACGCCCAUGAAAUAGUAUUAUUAUAACACCAACAACGCUCUUAAGAAAGUAUUAUUAUUAUUAUUAACCACAACAACGACGAUAGUUUACGAUGAAGUGGCUAAAAUUCGACAGUGGUUCCGGAGUGUCGACCUUGUGGAUUUUCCUCCUGGUGCUACAAGUGGCAUUAUUAGCCGACGGGUCGCCCCUGGCCGCCCCCUCCGCCGCCGACGGCCGCCCCGGCAGCAGUAGCAGCAGGCUGCCCGGUGGAGGAAGGAACUCAGAAGAGACCGGAGGCGGCAGCAGAGGCGGGGAUAUUCAGCUUAAAACUAAGCACGAGUGGAAGAGGAGACAUCGCAAAUCGUCAGAAUGUCGCCUGGGGAGAGAAAGACACAAUAUUAACGAAGAAUGGAGUCCGAACCUGGGGCCUCCCUUCGGGGUGUGGAGUUGCGUGAAAUGCCAGUGCAUACCGGUUCCGAAAAAGCGGCGCGUGGUGGCCAAGGUGAAGUGCAGGAACGUCAAGAACGAGUGCCCCAAGCUGGAAUGCACCAACGCCGUCGUCUUGCCCGGGGCGUGUUGCAAGACGUGCGUGGCGGCGUCGACGCCGGCGGUCCUGCUGCCUCGUGACGAACCUCCGGAGGAUCUCACGGGCAGAGAUUUCGCUGUGUUGCUGAACGGGAGAACUUCCCAGACCCCAAUGACUACUUCCCGAGUAGCCACUGGGCGUCUAUCGCUGAGGAGAGGCACCCUGCACUUCUCCUUCCUCAUGGAAGAGGGCGCCCCGCCCCCGGAAUCCAUCCAGUUCAUGAAUGACACGGGCAACAUCCUGGAAAUUCUAGAGGCGCAGCCGACGCCCUACGAAGCUACCAACAACAGGCUGUGUGGCACGUGGACGAGGAUGCCGAAGGAAUACAAGGCGCUCCUCCGGGAAGAGAAGAUGUGGGUGUCCCUCUACCCCGCGGAGGAUUCGGGCGAAGACGUCAUCAGCGGGCUGGUGUCCCGCUACACGGGCGUCGACACCGAGGUCUUCUCGUCCCUGCUCAUUCCGUCUCCGACGGCGAACCAGACCCUCAGCGGCGGAGGAACCGCCAUCAUCUCCGUCGACCGGAAGACGGACUCGCUCCACGUGAGCCUCGUCUUCAACGGCGUCUUCGGAGCCGGCGAGACCCACAACGCCUCCGUCGCUGUGCAGCUCAUGCCCUCCAGAGCGCUGCCGCCUGUCAUUGACACUGUCGUGCUCAGUAAAAUCGCCUCUGAUCUGAAUCGUGUGGAGUACAUGACAACAUUGGGGGAGAGCAGCCUUCGUCUUUUGACUCGUGGCCACGUCUCCAUGAAAGUGUGGAGCCAGGCGGCGCCAGACUUGGCGAUAGAAGGCUUGGUGACUUCCCGCGUCACCUGCAACGUCUUCUCGACCGUCCUGAGCCUUCCAGAGCCCCAAAGUCUAGAGGACGCCCUCCCAGCCUACGAAACUUACUCCCCACCUUACGGCGCUGGAUGGGCCUUGCUCACGCUGUCUAACGAAGGAGAUUUUGAAUAUCAAAUAUUCGUCAAAGGCAUCUCAGUGACGAGUCUGAAACUGGAGACGCAGCAUAGAAAAGGACCCAGAGUCGUCAAGGACAUAACGCCGAGUUUUUCGGGAAGUUGGGCCAAUGGGACCUAUUCCAGACCGACGUAUCGCGACCUAGAUGCGCUCCUGAGAGGGAAAAUCGAGGUCGUCGUUUCCUCCGACGACACCGGCGGGCAGGUUCUGAAAGGAAUGCUGAAUCAGGUUGCCGUGACGGAAGCCCUGAGGUCUCCGCAGCCUGUGUUGCUACUCUCUCCUCAGAUCUCGAUGGCUGCGACAGUUUGGAUUGCUGUGGAUUCCGCCUGCGUCACUCACUACGACGUGAUGGUAGGUGGGCGUCCGCCCGCUGGAGCUCCCGAGCCAUUUUGGAACCUCACUCUUCGCGAGGAGGACACCGAAUUCGAUCCCAGACUCGACAUGACCACCAUGUUCCUGGAAAACGAGGUCAAAGGGAGAGAACUCUUCGCUCACUCAACUGAAUUGGACAAGCUAUCGCUGUCCCGGUUGGGUUCGGGAGUCACCUACCUGGACCUGGUGCUGAUUCAGUCUGAGGAGGGCGAGAGUUCUCUGCCGCCACUGACGGGUCUCGUUAAAGGGGUGAACGUCCCUCCGAAAUGCCUUCUGGAUUCAGACGUCGCCCUGCCCCCGCCAGUCAUCAUUAACCCAGAUGUCACCCCCGACCGCAUUUGCAUUUCUGACAGUCACAGAGUUUGCAUCAACCAGCAGGACGGAAGUCACGCUGCAGAGAGGAGCCACAAGUGUAAAGAUGCAGAUAACCGCGUAUUUGAGGAUGGCUCCAGUUGGCAGUCUCCUGCAAAUACCUGUUCCAUGUGCAUGUGUACAAAAGGGGAGAUCAAAUGCCAGGACGUGAUGUGCCCAAGACUCGAGUGUGAGGACCCUGUCACUCCUCCAGGACAGUGCUGUCCCGUGUGUCCCAGUGCUCACGACAUAGGUCGACCUGAAAAGAUGUGUAACUUUAACGACGUCAGAUACAGUGUUGGAGCAGUGUGGUAUCCCUUCUUAGUUCCAAAGGGCUUUGACAAGUGUGUUACGUGUACGUGUCAGACAAGUUCACGUGGAGAACCAUCUGUCACAUGUGCAAGGCUCUCCUGCCCCGCCCUGGUCUGUGACGAAAGCAUGUUCGAACAGAAACCAGGAGCCUGCUGCCCCACGUGCAAACCUCCGCCUCCUGAGCCUACCGUAGUUACUGGGGACACCGGUGUAAUAAAUAACCCUCCUCUCAGUGAAGACGAAUAUAAAGCAAAUAUUCUGGACACGGGAGGCUGUAUUUAUAGACAUAAAUAUUUGGCUAAGAAUGGCGAGGAGUGGCAUCCACGCGUUGCUUCCAUUGGUAUCUACAGUUGCAUUACCUGUAAAUGCAAGGAUGGUAAUGUCACCUGCAAUCCGAAGCAGUGCCCAACUUUGACCUGUCAGAAGAUGGUGCAAGUGGAUGUUGAAUGUUGUCCUCGCUGCCAGGAUUCCAUCGACGCGUCCCAGUUGUUCCCCGCCACCAGAAGAGAGCCUUCAAGAGGUGCCAAAAACAAGAAGAAAGCAAACCCGAGGAUCAGAUAUCAGAGACGAAAUUCUGGCUAAGCCCAGCACAGAGUUCGACAACCUGCACAGUGAUUGUGUAGUGGUUAAAAGUCAAUAUGGAGGGUCAAAAGAGGAACCAAUAUUUUUUGGGUACUUUUUUCAUUUUUCAUUCUGCUAAGCAAAAAGUAUUCACACACACUCCCCUCCCUGUUAGGCUUAUCACAUGUCCGUCACAACAGGGAUACUCAAACCACCCUAUGCUGGCAAUCUGUUUUUGUUUCCCGCAGUAGGGGACAAUUAUUAUUUAUUUAUUAUAUCGUUUUUUAUAUCAUUUUGCCCUGACAGUAGAUGGCAUGGGAAAUCAAACAAAACAAACUGAAGACAUGUUGAUGCCUUUAAACAAGAGGCUGAGCAGCAGCAGCAGUGCAGUUUUCGAGAGAGGCGAAGCAAUGUACAGAAGUGACAUGGUUAGCAAUGGCUCCUUUGUACAGUAAAUUAGAUAUCAAAUGGUGCAGAACUGUCGUGACGCCCUGAAGCAGAGGGCUGGCUGGUGGAGUGCAUGGGACCUGGGACCUGAGUUGUUAAGAGCUGUUGUUGAGGGAGAAAGAGGUCUUUGCAUUGUUCCGUACUGUACACUUAUUUAAAUUUUGGCUAAUUUAAAAGAGAAAAAUAUGUUAACUUAAACGACACGGUAAGAGUAGGCGUUUUUAACUUGCUCAAACAAAAAACAAAAAAUGUGUACUUGGUACUGACCGAUAUGUACUGUAUUACAGAGAGUGGUCGCAUAUUAUUCCAAUUGUGAUAAACAAAACGUGAUAUGUAAGUAUUAGAACGCACUUAAAUAAGUGAAAGGCACAUAACUAUCAGAAGCUCAUUCACAGGAAAGGAAGGACUUCUUUCCCUCAUCAACAUGCUGUCUAUGGUACCAAAGAUGACGGGUGUUUUUUUUUCUUUUUCUCCAAAUCUGAGUUUUGCUGUCAUUGUGAGGAGAGAUCAGCAAACCACUGAAGCGUAUUAGACAUGAUAUAAAGACUUGAAAGACUUUGUAACAAGAGAAGCCCUCGAGGGGCCUCAGAGAUUGUAUAUGUAGUAGUCAUUUCGUCCCUUCAAAAAUCUAGAUAUUUCUCAAAAUAUUUAUUUCUAUUCGACGACAAGUUUUUUUCCUCUUUCGAUUUUCAUUUUGAGAUUAGUCACACGGCCGUGAAUCUCCUCACAUAUGUAUUCCCCUACGUUAAUUCUUCCCUUCAGUCAUUUCCUUUAAAACUCAAGAUUAAGUUGGAGGGCUGUUGAAUGCUGUGACAUAUUAAGUCAGACCCAACUUGAAGCUCAAUCUUAACAAUGAUAGUGUCAUGUAAUUAAUUGAAGCAGCUUUAUAAGGAAGUGCUGACUGUGGCGCAUUACGAAUAAUAUCUAAUAUCCCCCUGGUGCAUUUUGUUUAAACUGUGGAGGCUACUGCUUCUAUUCAUAAGGUGUAAUAGAAAAAUGUAAUUUUAUUUCUUAAAGUUAGGAUGAAGUGUUGUGAGCCAAGCUUUCUCGAUGGCAUCAAGGUCUGAUUCAUAGUCUCUUAAAAAUGGACGUCAAGCAUUAGAACGUGGAAUGAGCACGAGUCUUACACUGCAUUAGAUAUUUUGGUGGCCAGAUUAUGAAACAGACUUUGGAGAAGUAGGAAGAACAAUCAUAUUUUUGUAAAUGUGUAAAUAGAUAAUUAUCAUACAGAGAAUUAAUUGUGAGACUAGUGAUUGCUUUACUACUCCUUGCAUACGCAUAUUUGUGACAUGAUGGUAGCCUGUGUAUACAUACUCAGUAAGGCUUAGUUUUUUCUAUUUUAUUUUACAACUCACAGAUAUAUAAUAAUAAUAAUGAGCCCUGCUGAGUUGACUCUUAGGCUUCAGUCAUCUCAUUUACGAAGAUUCCAAGCUAUGGAGGCUAAUUUUGUUCACUUGGAUGUGGGAACUGAACUGUACUGUUAUUGAUUAAUAAAUCUCAGGAACGAAAUUGUUGGCUGUACCACAACUCUCAAAAUGAUUUUGUCCCAUUUCAAUUUGGUGAAUAAUCCUGUUCUUUUGUUUUGUGGGUGACAAAUGUGAGUGCAAUGUUUCGUUUAAUUUUGUGCUAUUCACUGUGACAUCAUGCCUCUCCCAAAUGACAGAGUAUUGAAGUGGGAAUACAUUCACUCCAUAAACAUGUAGGGGGCAUUAACAAGGUAGUUAUAAAUGCUUAUGGAAUGUUAUCUGACUUUUAAAAUUGUUUGGAAAGCAGGGGGUCAACUCUGUGGUUAACGCUGCCAUUUUCAAAGUCAUUAAAAACUUCACUUGACCCAACCUUACAGUCCUACCGUAAUUGCAAUAUAAACCCCCUAAAAUUGAAAAGUCCUUAGUUGCAGUAUCCUAAUCAUUGUUGCUGUAUCAUUAAGAAUAAGAUUUUUGAAAAUGAUUUUAUACCAGAAUUAUAUCUCUUCCAUAUUUUAAAUGGACAGUGAGUGUAAGGUUUUGCCAGGCUUGUGCUGUCCAUGAAUUGGAGAAUUAUUGAUGAACUUACUGCAGACCACCUCAAUUUACUUUUAUCUAGAUUCAUUGGAACUGAAAACGUCCAAAGACUUCUGGCUUAGAGUAGUGUCUUGUUAUUCAAGGAAGUGGCCUGCGUACUUUCUUGGUAAGGCUGAUGGAGCCUGUGUGCACAAGUAGAUAUAUACCGUAAAGACUGUGUAUAAUUACUGAUAUGCCUGCUAUUCUUGACAGUUUUAUGGGACAGCUGUACGUUUUGUAUAAUGACGGCAUAUUGUGUCACGGAUCAUUUUGGUUUUGAAACAACCGAUGCACAGUAAUAUUCACAGAUACAAAUAUUAUUGCAGUAUACUGUACUUUAUUUUAACUAAUAAUUACGUUACUCUGUCAACAGGAAAGGCAUGCUUAUUGUGACGAAUGAAAGCCCAAUAUAGUACAUGACUACUAUAGUUCUAACAGCUGUAUUUUAAUGUAAAGGUCAGUUUUGCCAAAUCUCUCGUUUUCAUUAUGCAGUGAAUAGUAUAGUGCAUUAUACUCACUUCUUUUUUUUUUAUUUCACCCGUUGGAAUAAAUCCUAAUGGAAUUGAUCUAGUCUGCUUCUCUCAAGCACGGAAGAAGAGUGGCUAUGUUUACAGUGACUGUACUUAUUUUAAUAUUAAAAUGGUAUGUUGUACUGUAUAUGAGGGAACCCAGAAGUGACAUUGCUAAUGUAUAAAAUUACACAUGCAGUUCUGCCCAUGUGAAUAUAAAGUAAGAUUUAGUCACAUACAUAAUACAAUUUGUAUGACGUUUAAUAAUUCAUGAGUAGAUUAUAAAUUUCUGUAUAAUCUAGAUUAAGAGCUUAUAAGAUUUUUUGAUGCAAAGUGCAUUAAGAGUGUACAGUAUUUAUACUUGCAGUAAUAUUGUGUUAUGUCUUAGAUUACUGUAAUAUAGUAUAGGUAGAGAGAGUGGGCUUUUUAUGAAAUAUCUAUAUUUUUUCCCAAAAGAAGUCCAAGCAAAGUGUUCUUUUUUUGUGUGUGGGGGUAGGGGGGAUGGUGGGUUGGGAACUGUUACAAUCAAAAUAACACAAGUGCCAUAAUACCAUGAUUUUAUAGAUCACAAAACACAAGUGAAACAACAGAAGUUACGUUCUGAUUUCCAAGAUAUAUAUGUAUUUUAAUCCUACUAAAUUUUAUUUAGAAACUGCCAUUGUUAAAGGUAUUGUAAUACGUUCCCGUAUGGUGGACUUUCUUUUUUUAUUUUUUUUAUUUUGACAGUAUUCACGAUGUUCAUUUAGUGCUAAAUUCUGACCUAGAGUCUGGAAAGCAUUUUCACUCAUAUCUUGAACUUUUGUAGAAUUUUCAUUUUACUCCUGCUUUCUGUCUUGUGUGUACUAUUCCCGUUAAGUCAUUAUUAUUAUUAUUAUUAUUAUUAUUAUUAUUAUUAUUAUUAUUAUUAUUAUUAUUAUUAUUAUUAUUAUUAUUAUUAUUAUUAUUAUUAUUAUUAUUAUUAUUAUUAUUAUUAUUAUUAUUAUUAUUAUUAUUUUCUAAGUGCUUUAUAUGAAACUUUGGGACAUUACGAAUAAAUUCAGGUCAAGUCAACAAGAAUGCAGGUUAAGAAACGUUUUGGGUCAACUAGUUUCUGAAAAUUCAUCAUAACGGGAAAUGAAGAAACAGGGAGUCUGUGAAAUGUUGCGAAUCAUUAAUAUUGAAAAAAUGCUAUAUACAAAUAAAAGACAGCACACAGUUCUAACUUAUAAAAGCGAACAUCGAGACCCCAUCAUGUCCAGGUGGUCUUCCUUUCAAAGUCAUUCAGAAGUCUUUGUAUUGCAGGGUAUAUUGAUAAGUUGUUGUACUGUACGAGUAUACAGUCUCGUGUGUGGAACGCGUUGCGGAAACAGGCCUCUUCGUAAUUACGGAAUUGUAUCAUAAAUAAGAAUAAUUUAUUUAGUCUUAUCUCUAAUCUCAGUAGAAUUAUUAUUAUUAGUUUCCAUAGUCUUACCUUGUAAAUAUCAAAAGCACAUUCAUAGAAAUAUUACACAUUCUUGAGCUAGUCAGUUUUUUUUUUUUUUGCAGAUCAUUUCACUCAAAUCGUGCCUGAGAAGGUUUACGUGAAAAAAAUUGAUAGUAUAUAAAAAUAUGUCUGUAAAGUUAGACACUUUCCUCUCUCAAGUAAUUAAUGAUUAGUGUGGAGUGAUAAGAGAAGGGAACAGAGACAGGAAAAAUUAUGCAAAAGCAAGGAGCUUGUAAACAGCUUGGAGUACUACUGAAGAAAUACAACAUACGUUGGACAGACUACGCAAAAUUAUUUGUCUUGAUACAGAUAUAAGUAAUAAGCUUUGGAAACGAACAGUUAAAAUGAAGCUCCUUUCUAUAACUGCACACAAUUGCUUAUAUUAUAUUUUUGUUCUUCUAAUACUGAAGCAUUUAAUAAGAUUUUUCCCAAUGUUUUACCAAUAAUACGAAUAACUUAUACAGUAGUUUGGUUUACUAAUUUUACUUUUGGCGAAUUUUUGUCUACGCAGGAUUUUGGAACUGUAAUGUUUUACGUGCAUGAAAUGAAGAUUGACUCAAGGUAAAAGUAUUUUUCAAAGGUAUACACAUUUAUAAAGUUUUUACAUUACGAUGUUUGUACAGUAUUGACAUAUAUAUAUUUUUUUGAGAAGCUAGUGUAAUACUGACAGAGUCUACUCAUUUGCAGUCAGUAAAAUUCCCUCUUGUUGGAUUCUAAUGGAAAACUCUUGGUGAAGUCAUUCUGAAGGAGCCUGGUAGCUAGGAGAAUUUUAUGAUUAUUAUUAUCUAACAUACGGAAUUUUUGUGGGUUUAGAGCUGACAGAUGGAUGACCAUAUACAGUACUGGCAUUUACUGUAAUACAAAGGAACAGUGAAGCCUUUUGCAUUCUUAGGGAAAACAGACCAGUUACCACUGACAUUUUGAGAAAAUUAUGUAAUUAUAGUGUUAUAUUUGUUAUCUACUGCAUUGCAGAUUUUAAAAUGGGCUCCCCAAAGAUUAAUUUGGGUGUAUUAGCUGUCAGUGUACAGUACUUCCAUCGACAAUGGAUGUCAAACAAUUUUAAGCUUUUUUUAUAUACCAACAGUUUGUUCAUUCUUUUUAGAUUUAAGCGGAUGAUAAUAAUUUUAUAUAAUAUUUGUAACUCUUCAAUCAUUCAAAGGCUUGAAUCUAUGUAAUCAAGAUGACUUUCCUUUGAAACUCAGUGGAAAAUGAAAAGUUUAUAAUAAACAAUACUACGAAACAGUUUUUCCUCUGAUGAGUGAUCCAACAGUACGAAAUAUUCAGGAAAUACAGUGACCAUUUCUCCCUUGUAAUCAAUGAUAUUAUUUAUUCUCGUUGCAUACACAACUAAAGGAAUAUAUUAUAUAUUGCAGAGUUCCCCCAGAUCUAAAGGGAUUAUGACUGUCUCAGGGAGUGAGAGUUCAGAAUGAACCUUGUUUGGAAAUUUUUAAAAAAAGCACUUCAUAUGGCUAAUUAUGUAUUUUUGGGGAUUGUAUGUAUUGAAAAUUUUGAUUACUUUUCCACAGUUUGUUGAUAACACCUGUGUAUGGAAAACCCAGAGAACAGUUGAAAUAGAAUUAAAUCAUACAAAAAUAACUGUCAGGAGUUCUGGAACUGUGUUCUUGCCUGCCCUUAUAAUAUCUGCCAUCCAUUGAAGCUAUGCAUUCAUGAAACUAUAUAUGAUAAAAUAUGCUGUAAAUAGACAACAAAUCCAAAGGAAAUCUUUCCUCUUUCUGCAAACUAUGAAGUAAAAGCCUUUUAAUUUCUCGUUUACGAUUCAAACUGCAGUCAAAUAAUUCCAAAUCGUCAAUCUCAUACAGUAUGGAAACCAGGAAGGAAUUCACACAUGACCAUUGUAGUGUACACAAAAAAAUGAUAACCAGUGUCUUCCUUAUUUUGUUAGUAAACUACACAUGUAAAUCUCAUAUGCAAUAUUUUUUUAGGGUAAACUGCUGAAAAUCAUCCAUAAGCUGCCUUUUCUUUAUUUUAUGUAAUGACUUAUGCUACAAGCUGGGAAUUUGCAUAUGCUUUUUACGUCGUUCACUUGUCUUGUAAUUUUUUUUAAUACUUUCUCUCUCUGUCUGCCUCGACGUUUCCUUCCGACUGUGUAUAAUAACUUAGUCACUUAUGUAUUCAAUCUUUUCUUAGCAUUCCUAAAUGUGUACAUACUAAACUUUUUUUUGUUGUUGUUAAUAAUACAUUUAAGCUGAAAGAAUAAAAUAAAUGCAUUUAAAUAUCA